GGGGACCGGUCGAAAAUGCACGUCGUGAAGUGCCAAACGAGUGUUUUGGAAUCUUUGGAUUGUGUCUUUCGUUAUGGGUCGCCGGUGGGGCGCAGCUUUCUACCUGCCCCAUUGAAUGAACCGCAUAUCUCAGUGCAGGAAAGAUCUCCAUUGAUUGGUAUCUCUAUCUUUCGAUUUUUCGCUGAAGAGGUGGUCAUACACUUCCUCGUCCUUUCUCCUGAAAUCGCAAGUGACGGACUUUUGUGGAUGUCUAAUAUGUGGAAUGGAACUCAUAGUGUGGGUGAAUGUUCCAGCUCAACUUCUUUAAGCAGUCAACAGGAUCUUGAGGAUGAUCGGAUGAUUGCGCUUGUUCUGUCUGAAGAAUUUGCGAAAGUAGAUGGAGGAGUGGCUAGACGCCUUUCUAAUCUAGCUCCUGUUCGGCACGUUCCCCGCAUAAAUACCUACAUCCAUCUAAGUGAUGCCAGUUUAGAUCACCAGCGACUUCUACAGAGGCUGAAUAUCUAUGGGUUAUAUGAAGUGAAAGUCUCUGGUGAUGGAAAUUGCCAGUUUCGUGCACUGUCAGACCAGAUGUAUAAAUCACCCGAAUAUCACAAGAAUGUCAGGAAGGAAAUAGUGAAGCAGCUUAAAGACUAUCGUUCUUUAUAUGAAGGUUAUGUUCCAAUGAAGUACAAACGUUAUUACAAGAAGAUGGCAAAACUUGGUGAAUGGGGGGACCAUGUUACCUUGCAAGCCGCUGCAGAUAAGUUUGUGGCGAAGAUCUGCCUGUUAACUUCAUUCAGAGAUACAUGUUUUAUUGAAAUAAUGCCCCGAUCUGAGGCGCCCCAACGUGAGUUUUGGUUGAGUUUCUGGUCUGAGGUUCACUAUAAUUCCCUCUACGAAAUACGAGAUGCUCCAAUUCCUCAGAAACCGAAAAAGAAACACUGGUUGUUUUAGAAGAAGCAGGUCGCUCAUGACCUUGCCACCUGCAGGAAACGGGGAAUCAAAUUUAUACAGUCCAUAUACCUUACAUGUUUUUCUUGUUUCUUUUUUUCUUUUGGCUUGUAUAAUAUUUGAUCAUUUUUGUUGAUCACAUAGUGAUAGUAGGUUUAUCAUUGAUGAGGUGCGAUGAUCCACAGGAUACGUUUCAGAUUCAUCAUAGAUUUUUUUUUGAUGAGGUAGAUGAUCUGUUGCAGGCUUCAUUUGAUACCUUUUUCGUUGUUCAUGUACAGUGUUUGAUUUCUUCAGAUUUUUGAAAAAUUUCCUUUGCUCGAUCACAAUACAUUCUUUAUAAUACUUCUUACUAUGAC